AGCUCACUUCGUGUGGACAGAGGUUUUCUUUCCUUUGACAUCAAUAGAAGUAAGAGUCCGCAAAUACAAAUAUGUCAAAUGCAAGAGACACAGAGGAUAUCAAUGAAGAAGACAUUGAUGAAGAUGAACUGCUUGCCAUGCUGUCGCCUGAGGAGCUUAAGGAGCUCCAGAGUGAGAUGGAUGUUAUCAUUGCCCCAGAUGAGAGAGUUCCAGUGGGACAGAGACAAAAGGACCAGACAGAGAAGCCUCCUACGGGGACAUUUGACCACCGGUCCCUGGUUGAUUACCUUUACUGGGAGAAAGAGUCCAAACGUAUGCUUGAGGAAGAGAGGGUUCCUGCUACUCUGCUCCCUAGUGUGAAAACUUUGACGGAGGAAGCUGAAAAGAAGGAGAACGAAAAUGCUGAAGAUGUGGAAUAUGUCUACGAAGUAAUAGAGGAGGUUGUUGAGGGGGAAACUGCAGAUGGUGCUGAUGGAGAGGAAAUUAUAGAGGAGAUCAUUGAGGAAAUAAUUGAAGAGGUUGAGGUGGAUGAGGAAGAGGAGGAAGGGCAAGGGGUAGAUGUGAAAGAUGAGAAAAAGUUAAAAUUACCUGUCAACAUGGAUGAACAUAAAAAUAUAGAAAAAAAUCUGGAUCCUUCAAGUAAAAACACAGAGACAGCCCCAUGUAACAAUACCAACAAUGAUCAGGCCACUUCAGAUAUAAAGGAAAAGAAAGAGAGCCUCGCCCCCCAAAACAGCACAUCACAAACUAAAGAGAAAGAGGAAACUAAGAUCUCAGACUCUACUCUUCUUACAGGAUCAUCUGCUCCAGAGGAGUCUAAGGUAAAUGAAACCACUGAAAAGCCUCCAGAAAAAGAAGAGAGGAAAAUAAACAAAUUGAAAAUUCCAAAGCUGGCACUCGGUGGAAUUAAAUUGACAUCAAGACCCUCAGGAAAUGAGACAAACUUGGAAUCUACACUUGACAAGAUUCGCAAAAAUCACCCAUCUGUCUCUGAGGUAAACCUCAACAACAUAGAGAACAUUCCCAAAGAGAUGCUCUUGGACUAUGUCAAUGCCUUGAAGAAGAACAAAUAUGUGAAAACCUUCAGCAUUGCCAACACCGGUGUGGAUGAAAACAUCGCUUUCAACCUGGCCAACAUGCUACGAGAGAAUCGUAGCAUUACCACUUUAAACAUUGAGUCCAACUUCAUAACAGGAAAGGGAAUUGUUGCCAUCAUACGCUGCCUCCAGUUCAAUGAGACCCUCACAGAGCUGCGCUUCCAUAACCAGAGGCACAUGCUGGGUCAUCAUGCAGAGAUGGAGAUUUCACGCCUGCUCAAGGCCAACAACACCCUCUUGAAAAUGGGCUACCACUUUGAGCAGCCAGGGCCGAGAAUGGUGGUGACCAACCUUUUGACCAGGAAUCUUGACCGUCAGAGACAGCUGAGGAAGGAGGAGCAGAAGCAGCAGCAACUGAAGGAGCAGAGACAGGUGAUGCAGAUGUAUGAGAACAGUCUAAACCUGCCUCCCGGUUUGCUUGAGAUGCUGGGGUAUGUACCCCCCUUGGAACUCUUGCAGAAGCAUGGUCUUGUCCCGCCAUCUCUCGAACUGAGCGCUCUACCUCAAGAGGACCCACAGCCCCAGAAGCAGCUCAAACACACUUCAAACAACAGCAUUCCAAAGCCACCCAGCGCUGAACCAGCAAACCCAUUAAAGGACAUUCAGCUGAAGAGGACUCCAAAGAAGCGUAACCCUCUUCUGGAGCUGGACCCGAGGGAAGACCAGAAACAAGAGAGGCCAAGUUUCCAACUGAAGAAGACCCCUAGAGUGAAGGACACAGGCAAUGGAGAGAUGGGUGAUGACAGAGCCAACCUGAAGGAUGUGAUAAAGACUUUGAAGCCUGUCCCUCGGAGACGAGAGCCACCAAAGGUUGAACUUACACCCCGCGAUCAUCUCCUAAACGAGAUCAAACAGAGCAAUGUGGCCUAUCUCAAAUCUGUGCCACUCCCUAAAAUACUGGAAUCAAGUGAAACCAGUCUCAUCUGAGAAAGAAGUCUAUAGCACCAGCUGUGUU